UAGAAGCUUCCUCGUCCCAGAAUACAAACCGUCCAUGUUGUCCGUUCAUUCCACACCCAUCCCCUCAUGGACAAGUUGCCUGUUGAGCUUCUGACCAAGAUCGUCGACUAUCUACCUCCGCAGGACCAGGUGAAGCUCCAGUCGGUCUCAAAGAGGUUUUUUGAUCUGGCGCGUGAUAACACCAGGUGGAGACUGCACUGUUAUCAGGAAUCAUGGAGUGCCACCCAAGUCUCCCGUUCGAGCCCGAGGACGGUCGAGAGCCUCGCAAGGAACUUACAAUCUCCUGCGCCUCUUAGUUCACUAGGACAGAGCUCUCUUCGUUCAUUGAUUCAGCCGCAGUCUGGCCAGCGGCUUGGUGAUUCGUCUGGGUUGUCCUCCCAUGCGACACAAUCCAGGGCCGCAGCCGCAUGGGACCCUUCGUACGAAAAGGAAGAUGUGGAUUGGUAUUCGGAAUAUAUAGCCCGACAUGGACCAGUAUCGCUCAGCUGGUUACAGCAGCCGUAUACUAAACGAGAAAAUAGUCGUCGGAAGGAAUUCUUUGAGGUCAAGGGCAUAGGGCUGCUCAGGGACUGGAGUUCUGCGAGGGGAAAUAAGGUGGUUGCACCGCUGGAAGAUGGCAGUGUUUGUAUUUGGGAUCUGAAUCAUUCUCACUGUUCCGAAACCCAGGGUACGAAGGGGAAGAUCAUUGGAAUGAGUGCUCCGGGAAUCUUGAUGACAGACAUGUCUCGAAGAAAGGAGACAUCCCCUGUGUCAAAGUCGAAAGCAGUCGCGGAUUUCGUCAGCGUCGGCGAAUGUGUGAGUGUGGAUUCGAUCCGUCGGCGAGCUUAUCUUGCUGUCGGGAAUAUUCUUAAUGAGGUUGAUUUAGAAACCCUGAAAGUCGUGUCUCAGCAGCGAUAUCCGUGGUCAAUAUUCGCCCUGUCGCAAGAAACAGACUAUUCAGUACCACUUACCCUGGCCACCACAUUGAGUCUACAAAUAUACGACUCAAGGCUGUCUGCACCGGAAGAGGAAGAAACAAUAAAUCUCCGGUGUGAGAGAGAAAUUACGCCCAUCGUUCCGGAGUCCAGGCUCUUCACUCAUCCAGAUUCUCCUCUCUUGCAACUUCAACCGAACGGGCUGCCGCCACGCCGUAUCCGAAGUCCAGUCCCUUCGGAGGAGGAUACUAAAUAUGCACCGCUCUUUCAACCCGGCCCCCUCUCGAUUCUACAUCCUCCGGCUCCUCACGUCAAUACUAUUCUUCUUGCGGGCCGCUUCCCAAGUAUAUUGUGCUAUGAUCGGCGGUUCUUCCCUCGACUACAGAACACAGUUCAUUCGGGCGGCCGACUCUGCGCCCUUACUUCUGUCCCUCCUCCUCAGUUCCCUCUUUUCUCUGACUCGACAUGGCCCACAUCGCACACUAUAGUGGCCUGCGGUGAAUAUAAUGGUCGAGGCUCUCUUGAGCUUUACAAUAUCUCUUCGUCGACUCCGGAUCAGAGCAAUGAUCUCUCUGAUAUGUCUUCUGAUAUGUCGUCGCGGUACCGUAAUCGGCAAAGCGCUGCAAAGUCUAAGUUGCUCUCUGUGCAAUCCCACGGAACUCGUAUCGUUUAUUCCGACGCCGAAGGAAAUAUUAAAUGGGUUGAACGAGACGGGCGGGUCGAGGUUCGUCGCUUCAACAUCAAUACCCAUCAAACACUUCCGCACACCCGAUGGAAUCGGCCUGAUAAUUCACGCAUCUCUUCACACGAGAGUAACUCUGAUGGGGCGCAGGAGACGACACGUCUAUUCUCCACCGACUCACUCCAUUCUGGGCCCAAUGAGGUCGCUCGCAGGAUUCUUCCCACUGGCGGGAACUUGACAGGAGAUGAGCUUCUCGUCUGGACCGGUGAACGGAUUGGUCGUGUCAGGUUUUCCCCCACGGACCCCGAGGAAGAUGAGGAUGAAGUCGACGAUAUGUCAAUCGACGAAGGUAUUGAUGAAGCCUCGCACGAAGAGUUGCGACUCCGAUAUCGUGAACGAGAACAACGAGAACGAGAGUAUGCCGAAUUGAUGCGGAAGGCGCUGGAAAGGCAGGCGGACGAAGUACGAUGGAUGGGGAGACUGGGGAUGGCUUAAUUCGUUUGACGUGUCGUACCAUUAAGUACUCUCCUACAUCUUCCUUUCGGUCUCUCUGCUCUCCCAAGCACGCAUACUGUAUGUAGAGUCAUGUUCUGGAUGGAUAGCUCUGGCAGUGUUUGGGCUCCAGGAGUUGUUGUAUAUAGUUGCUAUGACGUGAUGCAUGCUUUAACAUCCACUUCAAAUAAGUCGAAACUGGUCUGUUUAAUAUUGAUAGACCUG